AUGGCUAUCAAAGCAGAUGUGGACCAUAGAGAUUGUGAAAACGCUAUGUCUGAUGAACGUUUAUCAAUUGCAAUAAUAGAGCCAAUACAUUAUAAACUUUUUCUCAAAUUAAAUAUGGAAUCUGAAAAUUACGAUGGGGAAUCCGACAUCGUGAUCAAAAUUCACAAACCAACCAAAAGAUUAAGUCUGCAUUGUUUUGGAUCGUAUAUAGAUACAUCGAGUAUAUUGUUGAAAUCGAUAACUGAAGCUUUGAAUCCGAAUACUCGUUAUGCAUCUUAUCGUGUUUGUACUAAAAUACAGCGGUUCGACAUAUUAUAUGAUGAUUUAAUAUCUCCUGGAUUAUACGAGUUACAUAUACAUUUUUACGGUAUAUACAAUAAGAAUGAAAACAUUAUCAGAUAUCAGUAUAUGAGAUAUACAGAAACUGAGGCAACUAGGAGGUGGUUUCUUGGAAUAUUGUCGACAUCAAAUCGUGCUCGAACAUUAUUUCCAUGUUGGGACGAACCGGAAAUACAUAUGAAUUAUGAGAUUAUUAUCGAGCAUCCUGAGCAGUACAAAGUUAUAUCGAAUAUGCCAGUACAACAGCUGAUAAACAAGUCAGAUGAUACCUCAUUAACGUAUUUCCAUACCAGCAAACCUAUAGCUUCAAGUCAAGUGGCAAUCAUAAUGGUUGAUAACAUGACUCAUAGUAAUUUGGGCGAUGAUUUGUACUGGUAUCAACGGGAUAUAGUGAAAAAUACGAACAUUACGUUGGAAAUUCUGAAGACGAAAGAACUUUUCAAAAAUUACCUUGGUGUCCAUUAUAGAUGUAUUGAAACUGAUCACAUCGUAAUUCCGUAUUUUCCAUCUCAGAUUAGAGGAAGUUUAGGAGUUAUUAUAUACAGGGAAGAAAGCUUUAAGUACGAUAAUGCUACAGAUUUUCCUGGUCGUAAAAUGUAUAUCUACAAGUACGAACGUGACUCGUCGAUUAUGGACCUUUCCAUCGUUCAGACUAUGCAGGGUGCUUUGUACUAUGAUGUCGAUUUCCAAAUGGCACCUGUGUCGCAGAACAAAUUCGUGCAUCCCAUUGAUGAAAUUGAUGCAAUUUAUUAUUCUCGACCGUAUUAUAAUAAAGGAGCUGCUAUAAUGCGCAUGUUAUUUUAUUCUCUCGAAGCGCCGGAAUAUGUCUACAAGGAAAUUAUCCGGAAACUUGCGAAGAAAUGUGACAAUACCACAGAUUCUAUGAGUGGUCUCUGGGCUAUUGUGCAAAGUUCCUUAACAAAUAAUGACAAAUUGCUCUACAACAUAACUGAAAUAAUGGAUACAUGGAUGACAAAAAGGCAUUUUCCUGAGUUGAAAGUCGAUUGUGAUUAUAAUGGGAUAUUAUCGCGUCAAUUACGAUGA